CUGAAGAAAGAAUUUCUGACGUCUACAUUCCCAAAUAUUGAAAUAAGUCUCCGAAUAUUCCUUACCCUAAUGAUCACCAAUUGUGCUGGUGAACGAUCAUUUUCUAGAUUAAAGUUGAUAAAAUCCGAUCAUCGAAGCACAAUGUCACAGUCACGAUUGAAUCAUCUAUGUUUAAUGAGUAUAGAAUCGGACUUAUUAAAAUCGAUUGAUUUUGAUGAACUCAUAUCUAAUUUUGCUGCGAAGAAAUCGAGAAAAAAAGUUUUUUAA